GGCGCCGUCACUGCGUCUGGGAGCCGGAGCCCGGUUUCGGCCACCGCUGCCCGCGCUGGGGGGCGAGCAAGGUUGGGUGGGUGGAGCCUGCAGAUGUCCCUAAGGGAGGCAUGCUGGAGAGAGACCCUAUCAAGACAUUCUCUUCCACAGACCCGCCGACCCAAGAAAGAUCCCCAAGGGAGCUGUUCUCAACAGACGAAUUCCCGGUGCGACUAACGGGCCCCCACAGGAGACACAUUCCCACAAGGGUGUGAUCUGCCAUGAAGAGCUAUCCCUUCACCCUGAAAAUCACUCCUAAUAGAAAUAGUGUCUGAGAGGUGACCCUUCAUCUCAAUUUCCCCCUUCCUGAAGAGGCAUUUCUUCAAAGACCCCACCGGGGACAUCUUUGGGGAUCCUGGAGAGAAAAUCCCCCACAAUGGGACCACUCGAAGGCAUAUUCUCUUCUCUGUGGGAAAUUGCCUCCACCCCAGGGCACCCUCAGAUCCCCACAGAUGCAUUCUUCCAGAGUCAUGUGUUCAAGCAAGAGGCUGGUCCUUAUGGGAGUUUCCCCUCAGAAAAACGUGUAUAUACACUCAGACCGCCUUCAUUUGCCUGCCACAAGACAGAGCCCCUUAAGUAAGUCCUGUAGCCCCUCCAGAGUCUUUGCCUCAUGGUCAGGAUUAAGGAGUCAGGCCAGGUCAGGAUGUAUUUAUAAGAGCGAUUAGCUGGUAGCUGGGGAGGGGGCAGAUAGAGCGAUUCUUAACUCCGCCCCAGUUCACUCAGCUGAGGCCAAACUAGACCAUACUUCCCAGCGUUGGAGAGGACAUCCUGUGAGCCUAGACAGAGCGGGAAGAGCCUUCCUAGGGUGGCAGCCUGUAGCUGAGGUCUUGGAGGGCAGGGUCUCCGGACUAAAGUGACCUCUGCCAGACAACGGAGGCGACAACGAGGUCUGGGUCUGAGUGUGUUCUUGGUGGUUGACCCUCGAGUCUGAACCGUUGCCUGGUUAAUGUUGCGCCUUUGUGUCCCUAUGGCCAGGGAAGCAUCUCAAUGAGUCUAUUGCUUGUAUUUGUCUCUGUCCGCGGCUUGUAUUUUUCCUUGUUCCCAACUAGGAAAGCUGUCCCUGGUGCUGGCCCCUGCUCCUGUCCACGGUGCUGAAAUAUGAACACCCUGAAGGUGAUGAGGGCCUGUGUUGCACAGAGUCUUGAGGGAGGCAAAACCCACAAACACGAUAGAUAUGACCCACAACCACCUUGAGCUAUCCCAGACAAGGGCUGUAUCCUGUAAGACUUAGCUCCUGGGGCCUCUUUGAUGUCACUGUUGCCCACAGAAAGAUAGAGAAGCUGGAGUUCAAGUCUAGCCUGAGCUACAUAGGGAUAUCCUUCCUGGGGAGAAGCAUUAAUUCAUUAAUUUCCUUACUCAACAUUUACUGAGCAUGCUCUGUGUGCAAGUGCAAAAUAGUAUUUGGUAAUAUGGGAGUUCAGCAAUUAAAAAGCACCAAAAAUACAUUCCUGCCUUGGGGCCAGAGAGACUAAGCUCCACAACAAGCUGGAGAGAUGUCUUACCCAUUAAGAGCACACUGGCUGCUCUUCCAGAGGACCUGGGUUUAAUUCCUAGCACCUACCCAUGUGCUGGCUUACAACUAUUCAUAACUCCAAUUCCAGGGAAUGUGAUAGCUUCUUUUGGCCUCCGUGGGUACCAGGAACAAACAAGAUGCACAGACACAUGCAGCCAAAACACCUAUAUGCAUAAAAUAAUUUAAAUUAAAAAAAGAGUAAUUGAUGCUCUUGCAGAGGACCAGAAUUUGGCUUCCAGCACUCACAUUGAGUAGUUUAUCAUAGCUUGUACCCUCAGCUCUAGGUGACCAGAGGCAUCUGACCUCCCCAGGCACCUACAGUAAAGUGCACACAUACCAACCCAAUGCAUACUAAAAUUAAUUAAAGUAAGUCUUAAAAAUGCCUGUCUUACCCUGAGAUAGGAGGGAGACACAUUUCUGAUGGUGGUAUACAUAUUCUAUGAGGAUGCAUGCAUAUGUUCUAAAAACAUGCAUAUGAAAUAUGAGUACAAGCAGAAACAGUGCUUUGCACAUACACUUUUGUGCACACAAGUAUUCUACAAAUACAUUCACAAUCACUGCAUAUCCUUACACAUUCAUACUCCUCAAAGAUACAAACAAGUGUUCACGCAUGCUGUGUACAUACUCCUCAAAUAAAGACCCACAUUCUCCAAAAACACACAUAAGGGGUCGGGGAGAUUGCUCAGUGGUUAAGAGAACAUACUACCAUGCAGAGAGCCCAAGUUCAGUUCCCAGCAUCCAUGUCAAGCAGCUCACAACUGCCUGUAACUCCAACCCCAGGGGAUCUGAUCAGAGGACUCUGACCUCACAGGGCAACCGCACUCAUAUCCACAGACCUGUAUGGACAGACAGACAGACACACACACCUAAUUUAAAAUAGUAAAAUAUAAAAAAGAGAACUACAAACAUAAUCAGCAAAGUAAAUCACCCACAACAUAUAUAGAUAUUUGCAAAUAUCCAGCAAAUACACACACACACACACACACACACACACACACACACACACACACACAAUGUAUAUAAACACACACAUAUAUAAAAAACACACACUCAGGCUGGAGAGAUGGCUCAGCAGCUAAGAGCACUGGCUGCUCUUUCAGAGGUCUUGAGUUCAAUUCUCAUCAACCACAUGGUGACUCACAACCAUCUAUCAUGGGAUCUGAUGCCCUCUUCUGGCAUAAAGACAUACAUGCAGAUAGAGCACUCACACAUAAAAUAAAUAAAUCUUAAAAAAAAAAAGAUAUCUUUGAAAAAACCUCACACUCUGCAAUCAUACAAACAUAUAUUUAGGAAACACAAACACACAGACACUUAUCAAUGCAAGCACACUCAAAAAAAUACAAACACCCAAGACAUACAAUUCCAAAACCCAGGGAUGCUCAAUGGUGCACAAUUCCCACCUAAUACAUGGAUACAUAUUCCUUCCAACGCAGCUCAUAUACAGGUGCUUGAAAGUUGUGCAUGCUCUCCCUUCUCCAGCGCUGUCUCCCCCCACCUGACUAUCCAUCCCGAGUUGAGUCAAUUCUGUGAAGACUGAGAUUGUUGUAUCUUGUAUAAGUGCACCCCCCAGGAGACAGUACAGAGCUGCUUUGUUUAUUUGUUUGCUUUUGAGGCAGAGAUUCUGCUGUGGCUGUCCUAGAACUCACUCUGUAGACCAAGCUGACCUUGAACACAAAGAUUCCCCUGCCUCUGCCUCCUCAGAGUGUGUGUUUAGUAUAUGUCUUUGGCCAGGUGGUGGUAGUGCCCGCCUUUAAUCCCAGCGCUUGGGAGACAGAGGCAGGUGGAUCUCUGUGAAUUCAAGGUCUACAGAGGAAGUUUCAGGACAGCCAAAGCUACACAGAACCUGCCUUGAAAAAUCAAAUAAUAAUAAUAAUAAUAAUAAUAAUAAUAAUAAUAAUAAAAAAUAUAAAUAAAUGUUGAAUUAAUGGACAGAAUGCUAAAGGACACAGAUUUACAAUAACUGGAGAAAGGCACAGUUGCAUGCACCAAUAAACACCUGAAACCACCUACCCAAGAGACAUCCUCUCACACAAACCAGAAAAGAGACACAGAUGUAGGAUUACCCACCCAUCAUAGAACACACCGCACAGAGAGAGAGAGGGAGAGACAGACAGACAGACAGACAGAUCUUAGAUCUCAAGUUUAACAUAAAGCAAGCUUAUGGAUAUAAAUGCACCAGUCCCAAGAGCACCUGUUUUGUGGCUGUGGGGGCGGGGCUUUCCAAAGCCCCGCCCCUGAACCAAACCACACCCCUUAAGUUGCCGCUAUUUGCUGGCCUUGUUCUGUGGUUCUGAGGUGUCUCCGCAGCUCCUAUACUCCAGCCUGCUAACAGGUGAGUGACAGGGAGAAGGGAGGCGGGACUCUUGUCUCCCAUACCUUUGCCUUCCUCUGCCUAGAAGCUUGUAGUACCUAGUCGCAGAACCCCAGCCCUGCCGCUGUGCAGCUUGGUGCUAAAGGUCCAGCCCUGGGUGGAAGCUCCUAAGCUGAUUGUGAACCGAGAGAAGGUGACCGUGAAAGGAGUGAGCAAGAAGGGGGGCGGGGCUGAAGAGAGAGAGGAAGUCCUGGUUGGAAAAGGGCCUGGAAGAGCUGAGGUAGUUCUGUUACUCUGAAGGAAGUUAGUAGCAGAGGGCAAACAGGGCGAGAGAUUGUUGGCAUGUGUGGUUUAAGCUGGGGGCAGUGUUUGGGCCUGAAGGAAUAGGAGGGAUGUGUCUGCUGGGAGGGGCUCUUGGCUGAGACUCCCCCUAGAGUUCGGAGAGCCCUGGCCUCCUCCAGCAUUGCCCAUGCUCUGUGCUGCCUGGCAUUGAUUUCUGGUGUGCACCCGCCAGUGCCAACCUGAGCCUCCAAAAGGAUAGUCAUGCCUCAUCCCUCCAUAUCGGCUGGUUCUUGUCUCAGGUGGACAUGGCCCACAAAGGCCACUUUCAACCCAGCAGGCUGGGCUGGGCCCUGCGGCUGAUCCUGGCAUGGAUCUUCUUGGUGGCCUGUGGAGGGAGCCACCCCCUGCAAGCUAGACUCUGGGGACACCCUGGGCUGGCAGCCAAUGUGGGCACAAGCCAGCUGCACCUAGCAGGGUACCCUCCGUCCUCGGUUCCACGGCCUUCCCUGAGGAUCCAAGAUCCUGGUUCACAGACAUCACCCCUGCCAGAACCUUGUUGUACCUCAGAUAUAGACGGACCAGAGCCAUCAAACCCAGGGAUCCUUCUAGAAAGCUGCGGUGCGCCGAGCCCGGAAUGUGAAUUCUUCCUGGGACACCUUCAACGUGCCCUCCGCAAUCGCUUCCACUCGCUGCUGCUGGGGGUACACCGAGUGCAGCCUCUCUGCCCGGAGCUCUGCGGGAUUUGGUUCACCACCUGCGAAGCAGAUUUUACCUGUGGCCGGACCUGGCUGCAGUCCUCUGGGAAGAGAGGCUGUGAAGCCAGCUGCCGAACCUACGGGCAGACCUUCGCCAGCGCAGAAGACCUGUGUGGCACGGUUCUGGGCCACGUACUGCCGGUGGCAGCUCCUGGCUCACGUCACUGUCUCAACGUCUCCAUCUCCUCCUCUCCACGCGCCCGCCGCUCUCGCGCCUGGAUCUCGAAGGCUGCAGGCAGCGGCAGUGGCAGCGGCGACAGCCCUGAGUAGAUGUUUGUGUCCCUUCCUUGGGCCAGGAGCCACCCAGAAACACAUCCCUCCCUCCCUCCCUCUCUCCCUCCCAAACCAUGCCCUGGGGUUGCUUAGACAGGCCUCUCUACCCGUUAUCCUCCUAGAAAUGGCCCAACUCUCGCUUAGUCCGCUCUCUUUCCCAGAAUAAAGUGACCGCCUAGACCAUGCUACACGAUGUGGCUGCUGCCUGGGGAAGUAGUUGGGAAGAACUGCCAAAAUGGAGUCAUCUCAGAGGGGAAGAGGAAGGAGAGAGGAAGGGAAGGAGACAGAGACCAGUAAAAUGGCACAGCAGGCCAACUCUGAUGAUCUACAUCUAUCCCCAGAACUCACACAGUAAAAGAACCAGCUCCUGCAAGUUGUCCUCUGGCCUCCACAUUUGCGGUGGCACUCGUGUCCCUUUCCCCCAAAUAAAUAAACAAACAAAUAAUAAAUGUAAUGAAAUAAUUUUUGGCUUUGAAUCGGCGUCUCAU